AUGUUGGAGGGAAGGUUGUUGGGUGGUGCUAUUGUGAUGUGGAUGUUGGCAUGGAGGUGGGUUGUUCCGAUGGGAGAAUCGGCCAUAGGGGUUAACUGGGGCACCGUUUCUUUCCACAAGUUGAAGCCUUCCACGGUGGUUGAUCUCUUGAAAGAUAAUAAGAUUCCAAAAGUGAAGGUGUUUGAGGCAGAGCCUGAGGUGCUUAAGGCUCUCAUGGGGAGUGGGAUUCAGGUGAUGGUUGGGAUCCCCAAUGAGAUGUUGGCUCUCUUGAGCACUUCCCCUGCGGCUGCUGAUUUGUGGCUUCGCCAGAAUGUUUCUGCUUACAUUGGAAAAGAUGGUGCUGAUAUCAGGUACAUUGCUGUUGGUAAUGAACCAUUCCUCGCUAGUUAUAAUGGUGAAUAUCAGAACUUGGUGAUGCCAGCCAUACUCAAUCUACAGCAGUCUUUAGUGAGAGCAAAUCUGGCUAGUUACAUUAAACUAGUUGUGCCCUGCAAUGCAGAUGCAUACGAGUCUUCACUUCCUUCCCAAGGAGCAUUCCGUCCGGAACUAACUCAAAUCAUCACUCAGCUGGUUCAGUUCCUCAACUCAAACGGUGCCCCAUUUGUUGUUAAUAUCUACCCAUUCCUCAGUCUCUAUGACAACAAAGAUUUCCCACAAGAUUAUGCAUUCUUUGAGGGAACUACUCAUCCUGUCACAGAUGGUAACAAUGUGUACACUAAUGCAUUUGAUGGAAACUAUGAUACUUUGGUUGCAGCCCUGACUAAACUUGGAUACGGUCAGAUGCCUAUAAUCAUUGGGGAAAUUGGUUGGCCCUCUGAUGGAGCCAUUGGUGCAAGUAUUACUGCAGCAAAGGUAUUCAAUCAAGGUCUCAUCAGCAAUGUUCUAAAUAGCAAAGGGACCCCUUUGAGGCCUGGUGCUCCUCCUAUGGACAUCUAUAUCUUCAGUCUGCUUGAUGAAGGAGCAAAGAGCACACUGCCAGGAGGGUUUGAGAGACACUGGGGGAUAUUCUCAUUUGAUGGGCAAGCUAAGUACCCUCUAAACCUUGGCCUUGGAAACAAGGAAUUGAAGAAUGCAAAGAAUGUUCAGUAUCUUCCAUCUAGAUGGUGUGUAGCAAGCCCCUCCAUAGAUGCUCAAAACGUAGCAAACCAUAUGAGAAUUGCAUGCAGUGUUGCGGAUUGCACCACACUUGAUUAUGGAGGUUCAUGUAAUGGGAUUGGGGAGAAGGGUAACAUCUCAUAUGCUUUCAACAGUUACUAUCAGUUGCAAAUGCAAGACUCACGAAGCUGCAAUUUUGAUGGUCUUGGUAUGAUCACUUUCCGAGACCCUUCAGUUGGUGACUGUCGUUUUCUUGUGGGCGUCGCAGACAAAGGCUCUGAUUCGUCUGUUUCUCAGACCAGAUAUCAGUGGUGGGUUCUUCUACCAUUUCUAAUCAUACAAUUAUCUCUUCUUUUUCAAUGUGAUUCAGAGUUUUCUUAA